AUGGGUGACAGCGCUACUCCUCACCAACCUCCGGUAGAACGCUCACGCGAGGAGGGUCGAGAGCUGAAGCUGCUUCACUUCAUCUAUAACCAGCCUAACCGCGAUGAGAUCCAAGGUAACCCCGAGAAAGUCCUGGACCUGAUUGAGGAGUUCGGCAAAACAUACCACUUCAUGAACAUCGGUCGGGCCAAGGGCAAGUUCAUCAUCGACAUCAUCAAUGAGAAGAAGCCUGAGACAAUGAUCGAGCUCGGCGGUUAUGUUGGCUAUUCGGCCAUUCUCUUUGGGGAUGCCGUGCGCCGCGCCGGCGGAAAGCGCUACUAUAGUCUGGAGCUGAACCCCGAGUUCGCGGCCAUCGCCAACAUGUUGCUGGAGCUGGCGGGCUUGCGCGACUUUGUCAAGAUCCUUGUUGGCCGGAGUGACGUGUCCCUCGACAAGCUCUUUGCCAGUGGCGAUGUCAAGCAGGUUGAAGUGAUGCUCAUUGACCACUAUAAGCCCGCGUACACCACCGAUCUGAAGCUCUGCGAGGAGCUCGGCAAGAUCGUCCCCGAUGUCUCAGUCGUGGUAGCGGACAAUGUGCUCUACCCGGGCAACCCGCCGUAUUUGGAGUAUGUCCGCAGCACGGUGGAGCAGAAGCGCGAAGCUGCCAAAGCCGGGCCGGUUCGGUCCUAUGAUACGACCAGCCUGCCUCAGAGGUCCGUCAAGUCCUUCAUGCCUCUCGAUGCGACACCCGUGUUUGACAUCAUCGGGAACCCGAGUCUGGUGUAUGAGAGCAAGCUCGUCAAGCCCGAGACCACGCGAGAUGCGAUCGAGGUGACCCGAUGUGUCGGAAUCUGGGAGUAGAUGGUAGAAAAUGAGGGGUUGUGG